UCCGCUGCUCUCGUCAGUGUGGGAGAAACAGCUGUAAAGAGACUGUUCGUUCUGUUUAUUUGAGUGAAUUUACUUUUAUUUAGACCCCAAAGUCGUUGUUGGGUCUCUGAUCCGGAAACUGGGGUUUGUAGUGUGACAUUUCUUUGGCUAAAAUGUAAUUCAAUUUGAUAUAGCAUGUAGCUAACGUUAGCUCCCAAACAAAGGGUGGAUCAUUCCGGAUUAAUAUAUUUGAUUUAUUUCAUAGUCUUGAGAAGAUCGACUGGAUCUGCAAGAAGUCAAACUUCUAAUUGCUCAGGAACAACCCACAUUUCCAGCCAUGGAUUCUCAAGCAGCAAACCCUCAGCCAGUCAUGUGUGAGGUCUGCGGGACGUACUUUGAGACACGACGAGGGCUCUCCAGUCAUGCCCGUCUCCAUCUCAGACAACUUGGUGUUACAAUGUCCGAAAGCAGUGGGGCUCCAAUUGAUCUCCUCUACCAGCUCGUCCAGGACAGAGAUGGCUCCCUACCCGAUUUCAAGUCGGAGGCCUCUGUAUCCGAGCCAACCCCUCCCAAAAAAACGUCACAUCAGGAAUCCAGGGCACCGUCAGUGCCAGAGGACAGGAGUGCCUCCGUCAAAGCAGGAAGUAGAGUCAUAACAGCGUCACAAAAGAUGACUCAUCAGGGAUCUUCAGCCAGACUGAAAGAGUCAUCUACCUCUCUCCCCCCCGCAUCCCCCUCUGGUCUUGGACUGUUUGAGUCUGAAAGACAUGAAGGCAGCAGCUCAUCCUCCUUAGACCACCAAACCAAAACAAAGCCCAUGUGGGCGCCACUGGAAACUGAUGCUCCAAUCACCUUGGACACCAACGAUGAGGUCCAUGUUUGCCAGCUCUGUGGUUGUUGGUAUGAGACCCGCAAAGGGCUGUCCAGUCAUGCUCGGGCACAUCUGCGCCAAAUUGGAAUCCCUGACAGCGAGAUCAAGGGCAGCCCAAUUGAUCUUCUAUACCAGAUCAUGGAGGAGGAGGACCUUAAGCCCAUCAAUAUCAAGCAACAUAAGGAGCAUCCCCAAAACAGCCCUCCUAGAUCCUCCAAUAAACGUCCCUCUAAUCUGUCCUCCCCAGCUGCGUCUCCCCCCAGCAAACGGCCUAAAGUGUCAGAGGAUUGCACCUGUAUUCUGUGUGGAGAGGCGUUUGAGAACCGUAAAGGCCUGGCCUGCCAUGCUCGCUCUCACCUGAAGCAGAUCGGAGUGGUUGACCUGUUGGGGAAAAGCUCCGCCAUUGAGACUGUGCAGGAACUGGUCAGCAGCGGCAUGCUGGAAGCCUUAAAACCACCCAAAACAAACUCUACUACUAGCUCGGCUUCAGUUCCAGCACUGUCUCCAGCGGCAGGCGGAUCACAGACCUCGUUUCCCUCCUCUUCCGCCACUCCAAACCCUGCCAAGAACAGUUCUCAUUCUCUUGUUCACAGGGCCCCAAAAGCUAAGAAAGGCUUUCGACUAGCAGUGGACCCCCUUCAUAGGAAGCCCAAACCUGAGCCUGUGGAGAUCGAGGUUUCCCUUCAAGCGCAAGGAUCCAGCAAUGGCAGCAACUCUCCCAUGCAGGAAUCACCUGCUGCUGUUGACUCUUCAAAGCCUCUCAAUGCAGUGGCCUCUACAGACGAACAGUCCCCUCCUACAGUCCUCUGUGAUUACUGUGGCCAGCUGUUUGAGACUCGCAAAGCCCUGUCAUGCCACGCCCGCGCCCACCUGCGCCAGCUCGGCCUCAGCUGGUCGAUCAAAACCUCCCCAAUCGAUCUUCUCAAAGAGUUUAUGAUACAUGGUGAAGAAGGCAGGAAAGUGUCUACGUCAGGCAGGUCAUCAGGCAAAGCCACGUGGACCCCUCAGGGCUCCAAAAGGUCCCUGGACAGCCUCCAGUCAGGGGAAGCAGCCACCAAGCCCUGCAUCGCACCGCUUGAUUUUUCCAUGAAAGACAAAUCUCCAUCCUCCAAGAGUGGCUCCUCACACAGUGACACUUCCUGUGAGCUCUGUGGGUUCGAUUUUGAAAACCGCAAGGCCCUGGCCAGUCAUGCAAGAGCCCACCUGCGACAGUUGGGAAUCGUAGAAUGGAAGACAGAUGGAGCAAGUUCGCCAAUCGAGCUGCUCAAUGAGUUGAUCCGAAGGGACCCAGCCAAGGUAGCAGCAAUAACCCAGCGCUAUAGAAGAAGAGACCUUCACAACAGGAAGUCUGGGAGAGCUGUUGCCUCACCCUCGCUGUCGACAGACUCUGACUCAGUGCCGGGCAGCAGUCCGAAGGCAACGGCGCACCACCAUCAGCACAGGAAGGGAAGAGAAUACUCAGGCUUAUCAAGACCCUCACAAGGCCACACACGGACUUUUGGAGCCCACAGUGACCCGAAUGUGCGCCCUAGAAGCGGGGUCCAUCCACUUAAACACACGGUACCUGCACAGGGAGAAAAUCAGGACACCAAUUCCCAGCAGCCUUCACGGUCAGGUAGCAUCCCUGCUAUGCUGCCAAAGCCCCCUCUAACACAGCUGGUCAAACUUGUGGGUAAAAUGUACUCCCUCAAGUGCAGGUUCUGUGAAAAAGUGUUCCAUGGACCUCUGUCCGUUCAAGAGCAGUGGAUCACACACCUGCAGGAGCACAUCCUGUCUCUGGGCUACAAAGGCAAAGCAUCUCCUCCUGCACCAGUGGCAGCUCCAGCACUCGUCCAUCCAGUCGCUGUCUAACAAUGGAACCUGUCUGUCAUUCAGAUGAAGAAGAACUAUUUUCUUUGUGUCAAUGUUAGUGUUUAUAUGGUCAGAAAAGUGAAAACUAGAUGUUCCCCCUUUUGUCCUGGAGAGGGCAUACAUGAGCCGUACAAUAAAAGCAGCAGGUUGUAAUCCACUCAGGUCAAAUCUACCAGCAACAAUAGAUCACAAUACUGGUCACUUGUAUUUUGAAAUGGUUCAUCCCUCAAUUUGAUGCCCAGUGUUUCCUCCUCCUGCUCAUAAAUUGUUAUGUUUGUAAAGAUGUGAAUUGUGUUUGACUGGAUUUAAUGUUGCACUCUAAGAGAAAAGUACUGAUUGAUGAUUUUCUCUUUUGAUUUUGUCCUACAGAGCAAGACGGGUAUGUUCACCAUAUCACACACUUAAUCUCCUUUACCUUAAAUGCCUUUCAAUGGAGUUUUAUGAGUUUAUUUUUUCAAGUGUUUGACAAUUAGUCAGGAAACAUCAAGAUGCAGAAUUAGUCUCCAACUGUGGACAACUUGGUAUAAUGAAGUGAAUAUCAGAAAUGUAUUCAUGAUUUCAGUUCUUGCUCUUAUCUUCAGGCAUACCUGCUGAUAAUGUGAUAUUUUCUUGUGCACAUUUUACAUUUCUAUUUUUAACGCUUAUUUAAAAAAAAAUCUGUCUUGUAUCUAGUCUAUGAAAUGUUUUUUGUUAUUGUUUUUUUUAAACCAAUGGCAUUUAAAUACAAAUCAGUGGAUGUAACAAUGUACAACUUGCAAUUUGCCGAGGGGCCCUGAGCUCACUAUAAUGCAUAAUAAAGUUAGUCCACAUUUCCAA